AAACUACCAUGUUGCUACUUCACAUCCAGCACGCAGUCCUCCCACACCAAUGCGUAGAUGGCGCUGAGCGACAGCCAGGUUUCCUCCUCCUCCUUCCCGGAGAUCGUUGAGUUGAACAUCGGAGGACAGAUGUACACGACUCGGCUGGAGACCCUAAACGCGGUCCCAAACUCCCUGCUGUGGAACACCUUCUCUCAGGGCUCUCCCAAGUUCGCAGCCAGGGACAGCGGCGGACGCUUCUUCUUCGACCGGGACGGCUUUUUGUUCCGCUACAUCUUGGAUUAUUUAAGGGACUCGAACUUCGUUCUGCCGGACUCGUUCAGAGAAAGGGGACGCUUACAAAAGGAAGCAGAUUUCUUUCUUCUGCACGACUUCUCCAAGCGCCUCGAUGGGGACAGCGAAGUGGACAGCCCCCACUCUGCCGUGUCCGCUGUCAGCCCAGUGGUUGGGCCCCUGGGGAACCCACUCGGGGUCCGAACUGGUUACGUUACCAUCGGUUACCGGGGUACGUAUACCAUCGGACGGGACUUCCAAACCGACGCAAGGUUCCGGAGAGUGGCCAGGAUCACAGUCUGUGGUAAAAUCUCCUUAGUGAAGGAGGUGUUUGGGGACACAUUGAACGAGAGUCGCGACCCCGACCGUCCCCCGGACAAGUACACGGCCAGGUACUACCUCAAGUACAACUUUCUGGAGCAGGCGUUCGAUCAAUUGGCGGAAACUGGACUCCGCAUGGUGGCUUGUAGCUCCACCGGUACGUGCGCCUACACCAGCAACGACCCCAACGAAGACAAGAUCUGGACCAGCUACACCGAGUACGUUUUCUCCCGGUGAAGACCAGAAUGUAGCACAGUUUAUAUUAGAUUUAUCAUCGUUGAUUGAACUUUAAGAAGACAAAACACUUCGUGUAAGGCGGGUUGCUCUAAGACGAAGACUAUAUAGUUAGUAGCCUAUUUGUUUGGGUAUCCGUUGGCAACCGUCCAAGAUCUUGAAGAACGUCAAACGGUUAGCUAGCUGUGGUUCUUUAGUCUAAAGGUCGUAACGUUUAAUUUUUGCCGCACGACAGGUAGUCUCGGUAAAAUAAAUAAAGUAACUUUUUACUAAUAGUGAGUUAAGAUGACAGUUCGUCUUAACAAAACUUUUUAUUAGUGAAUACGGCCGUUAGUUUGGCCACCGGCCGUUUUUCCUGAAGAGAAAUUAAUAGCAUGCCUAAGAUGGCUUGAAUCUGGACGCCAAUGUUUAUGCUUAUUGGUUUUAAAAUGAGUUAUUAUCCAGUUAUGAAUGUUGUUCUUAAGAGUUUUUUGUCUAUUCUACCUAAUGUCAUUGUUUUAAAUCUGUUGCUGAAAUAAAGUCAUAACAAAAUCUCACUUUCAGUUUUCCAAUUGAUUUGCAUGAAAAGUAUCCAAAACGUAUCUAUAGAAUAUGUUUCAUGACGAUAACGACACGUAGCUCUAUCGGACCUAGCACAAAGAGCUCCAACAAGGCUAACCCCGAGAGCAAAUUAAGCUUGCACACCGCUGAUGAAUUAGCUUAAUUGGCAAAUGGACCACAUUGCUCUUACGUGUGGCAACACACAAUUAUUUCCUCUCAUACAAACAUUCAUAAACCAACAGCGGUGGCAACCAUGCAAAGCCACAGCCAUCUGGUCGUGAGCAGUUAGGGUUAGGUGAAUUGCUCUGGGACACCUAGAUACUGAGCAAGGGAUCGUGAAAGCAACCUUCCUGUUGCCAGACAACCCACUCGUAAUUCCUGCUACUGAAGCUGGCAUACAGAGUCUACGCAGAAUUGCAGAAAUAGAAUACAGUUUACUUCCCUUUAGGCUUUUGAAAUAAACAUGACACCAUGAAUUUCAUCCUCCUUUUAUUUUCAACAC